CUGCCAGCAGCUGCCAUGGCCAGCAAAAGAAAGUCCACAACUCCCUGUAUGGUGCGAACUUCUGAAGUCAUGGAGCAGGAAGGUGCCAAGGGUGUAGAGGCUCCUAAUGACAAGGGGACUGGUGCAUCACAGCAGGACUCAAAAAAAACCUGGCCUUCAGAAAACUCAUUCAAAGACUGUGAAGUGGUCGAGGCGAAGCCCCCAGCUGAAAAUCAGUCUAAGAAACCCCAGGGUGGUUAUGAGUGUAAGUACUGCCCUUACUCAACUCAAAACUUAAAUGAAUUUACAGAGCAUGUUGACACUCAGCAUCCAAAUGUCAUUCUCAACCCCCUGUAUGUCUGUGCCGAAUGCAACUUCACAACCAAAAAAUAUGAUUCGUUAUCUGACCACAACACAAAAUACCACCCAGGAGAGACUAACUUUAAACUGAAAUUAAUUAAACGCAAUAAUCAGACUGUUUUAGAGCAGUCUAUUGAGACCACCACUAACAAUGUCACUGUCACAAGCAGUGGGCUAGAAAAUGCAGAGUGUGACGAUUCACUUCAUGGGGGAAUCAGUGCAAAUAAAGUACCAGUGAUGAAAGUGGGAAAGCCUAAAGCAGAAACCAAGAAGGGAUCUAAAAAGCCAGAAGAGGGACAUACAGAAAACCACGUGGAUGGCACUCUCCCCCGCAUCAUAACUGAAGCCACUGAAGCUAUUGCCUGUAUAAAUGGAGACCUUCUCCAAGAUGUGUUAGCCCACGUUAUGCCCUCUGUACAGCUGCCACCAAAUAUCAACCUUGUCCCCAAGGUCCCGGUCCCUCUGAACAGUACCAAAUACAACUCUGCACUGGACACUAACGCAACCAUGAUCAACUCCUUUAAUAAGUUUCCUUACCCAACACAAGCAGAGUUGUCAUGGUUGACAGCAGCAUCCAAACAUCCGGAAGAGCAAAUCCGAAUCUGGUUUGCUACGCAACGUUUGAAGCAUGGUAUAAGUUGGUCUCCUGAAGAAGUGGAGGAAGCAAGGAAGAAGAUGUUCAAUGGUACUAUCCAAGCAGUUCCCCAGACCAUCACUGUCCUGCCAGCUCCUUUGGCAACUGCAAAAAUGCCACAGCCCAUCAUCCAGACAGCUUUGCCUUGUCAGAUACUGGGCCAGACUGGCCUGGUUUUGACUCCAGUGUCAAAUGGUUCAACUGUUUCCUGUUCACCAAUUACACUUGCUGUUGCCCCAAACCAGGGGCAAAAGAGGACAAUACAGACCUUGUCAAGUGCCCCUGAGGCCAAGCGUCCUCACGUGGUUCAGGUGCCCGAGAUUCCUGCCAAGCUGACUGCUGUUCCAGUGACACCAGCCAGUGAGCGGAAGAAGACCAAGGAGCAGAUAGCAGAGCUGAAGGCCAGUUUCAUGGCAAGCCAGUUUCCUGAUGAUGUAGAAGUCUACCGGCUUAUAGAGGCAACAGGUCUUUCCAGGAGUGAGAUCAAAAAGUGGUUCAGUGACCACAGGUACAGAAGUCAGAGGGGCAUUGUGCAAAUUCCUGGUGAUGCUUUGGGGAAAGAUCAAAUAGCACCUUCAGCUGGUCGACAUGGCCGGUCAUUUCACCCAUACACAGAUUUUACUCCCCAGAGAUUCAAAGAGAAAACUCAAGAGCAGCUUAGGGCCCUUGAGGAGAGUUUCUUAAAAUGCUCUUUUCCUACCCAGGGAGAAUUGGACAGGCUUCGAGUGGAAACUAAGCUGAGUAGGAGGGAGAUAGAUUCAUGGUUCUCUGAGCGGAGAAAGAUAAGGGACAGCAUGGAGCAAGCUGUCUUGGACUCAAUGGGAUCAUACAGAAAAAUUAAGGAUCAAGGAACUCCCAAUGGUGCAAUAAGUCAGGCAGAACUGAGUAGCUCUCAGCUCCCUGGUGCUUUAUCUGGAUCCUCUACCACAUUGAAGAAAACACAAGAGCAAAUUCAUCUAUUGAAAAGCACAUUUGCAAGGACCCAGUGGCCAUCACCCCAGGAGUAUGACCAGUUAGCAUCUCAGACUGGGCUCACGAGAACAGAAAUUGUUCGCUGGUUCAAGGAAAACCGGUCUUCGCUAAGAACGGGGUCACUUAAGUGGAUUGACCAGUACCAGCAGCAGUAUGCUGGUGAUGGUCAUAACAAGCAAAGCCAGAAAAAGAGCUCAAAACAUGUUGAGAGUCCAAAGAACGGUAAUGAGGUGUCACGGCAGCAUUACCAGGAGCAUAAAAAACUGAAUGAAGAGAAUGGGGGGAAACCAGUAGUGAGAGCAAAAAGAGACUGCGAGCCACUGAAAGACUCUUUGUUGGGGAAUCAAGCAGAGGGUGUGGACAGGCUGGAAUGCACCAGUGAGGAAAAUGAGGAGCCAGCAGAGGCCAGCUGGGUGGAGGUGACGGUGGGCGAGGACGACGCUGCCUCGGACUGUACGGACAGCUGGAGCCAAACGGCCCCCGAGGGCCACGCAGAGCUGGCAGACUUGGACUCUGAAAGUAUAUCUGGAGACAAUGCCCACGUAUAGACAGGUAAUGCCAAGG